CACGUUCUUCCUUUCUCUCGUCCUAAAGAUGGCGGCAGGGACUCUGUACACGUAUCCAGAGAACUGGAGAGCCUUCAAGGCUCAGAUUGCAGCCCAGUACAGCGGUGCACGCCUCAAGGUGGCCAGCAGCGCCCCUGCCUUCACCUUCGGGCAGACGAACCGUACCCCCGCCUUCCUCAACAACUUCCCCCUGGGCAAGGUUCCAGCCUUUCAGGGCGAUGACGGCUUCUGUCUUUUCGAGAGUAAUGCCAUUGCUCACUACCUGAGCAAUGAGGCCCUGCGUGGCAGCAGUCCCCAGGCCCAGUCCCAGGUGCUUCAGUGGGUGAGCUUUGCCGAUGCUGAAAUCAUCCCUCCAGCUUCUGCGUGGGUCUUCCCCACCUUGGGUAUCAUGCAGUUAAACAAACAGGCAACAGAGCAGGCCAAGGAGGAGGUAAAGAAGGUUCUGUCUGUCCUCAACCAUCACCUCAGCACCAGGACCUUCUCAUCCUUGGUAGAGCUGUCCACGUGGUUUUAAAUGUCCCUCCUCCUCCUGUAGGUCCUUGAGCCUUCCUUCCGCCAACCUUUCCCCAACGUAACCCGCUGGUUCCAGACCUGRGUCAACCAGCCCCAGUUCAAGACUGUGCUCGGAGAGGUCAAGCUCUGCGACAAGAUGGCUCAGUUUGAUCCCAAGAAGUUCUCUGACAUGCAGCCCAAGAAAGACUGCCCUCCCAAGAAAGACGCCCCUCCCAAGAAAGAGAAAGCUGGAAAGGAGGCAGGCAAACCUCAGGAGAAGAAGAAGAAGGAAGAGAAGGAAGUUGCCCCCGCUGAGGAGGAAAUGGACGAGUGUGAAGCAGCUCUGGCUUCAGAACCCAAAACAAAGGACCCCUUCGCUCACCUGCCAAAGAGUGCGUUUGUCAUGGACGAGUUCAAGAGGAAGUACUCUAACGAGGACACGCUGACUGUAGCCGUGCCCCACUUCUGGGAACACUUUGACAAGGAGGGCUACUCCAUCUGGUACGGCGAGUACAAAUUCCCCGAGGAACUCACCAUGACCUUCAUGAGCUGCAACCUCAUCAUGGGGAUGUUCCAGCGACUUGACAAACUCCGCAAGAAUGGCUUUGCCAGCGUGAUCCUGUUCGGCGGGAACAACGACAGUAGUAUUUCUGGAAUCUGGAUCUUCAGAGGACAGGACUUGGCUUUCACUUUGUCUGAUGACUGGCAGAUUGAUUACGAGUCGUACGCCUGGCGCAAACUGGACCCCGACAGCGGCGAAACCAAGACCAUGGUCAAGGAGUAUUUUGCUUGGGAGGGAGAGUUCAAACACGUGGGKAAACCCUUUAACCAGGGCAAGUGCUUCAAGUGAGCAGCGUGGAGGAUGAUGGCACCAUGACCCCUAUACAUCAACACCUUAACCUAAGGACAUUCAACCACCUUAAACUGCACUUGGACCUUCUCUAACUGAUCUUCAGUAGGAGUGGAUUGUGUCUCAAUGGUCCCAACAGAAGUGCUUGUUUUGAGUUGACAAAUAAACAUAUUUUCCACAAUGCCAUUUUUGGGGGGAUUUGUUUUUGGUGAUAGAAUUCCCCCCCCCCCCAAAAAAAAGUAAUGGUAGAUUUCUUGACUCUUUUGUUGUUUUGUGGCCUUGAGUUGUAUCCCCCUCACCUCUUGAGCCUGAGUCUCUUCUGACUUCUAGUCAGAGUGCCAGUCUGUUUGUGCCAUCGUACCGACUCCCUUGUCAGUCAUUGUCAUGUUUGGCUUAACAAUGAGCAAUGGAAUUGGAACGAGCACAAACAGAUCUGGGACCAGGCUAAUUCAGUUAAAAUAUUCAGUAAUUUUAUUGUUUUGGUGUUUCUAUCAUGGAGCUGAAAUCUGGACAUAGAGUAAAACAUUAUUGGAUUGCUGCCCAUUAAAUAAUUGGUUGUGUACAUUAUAGCCUUAUGUGGUGAAAAAUAAAUACAUUUAACAUCUA